AUGUUGCGUUGGUGUCUUCAUGGCAAAGUGGAGAUCAUUGCUAAUGAUCAAAUAACCGUAUCAGUAUAUUUCAACGAUUCCCAACGACAAGCAAUUAAAGAUGCGGGAACCAAUGCUGGCCUGAACGUUCUUCGAAACAUCAAUGAACCAACUGCUGCUGCUAUUGCAUACGGUUGUGGUGAGCAUAACGUAUUAAUUUUUGACCUUGGUGGAGGUACUUUUGACGUAUCAAUUUUGACUAUUGAGGAUGGCAUUUUUGAAGUGAAAUUAACUGGUGAAGAUAAUUAUCUUGGUGGUUUGUCAAAGGACGAAAUCGAGAAAAUGGCACAGGAAGCCGGAAAACGCAAGACUGAUGAGGAAGCACAGAAAAAUCGAAUAUUAACGAAAAUGCUUUAG